GCGUCGGGCCGGUCCCGCCGCCCCCGGCCUCGCCGCCCCUGGCCCCACCGCUUCAGCCGCCCCUGGGGCCGCGCCGGCCGCCGCGGUGGCAGGGCCAUCCACCGCCUGCGCCCCCUCGGCCGGCAGCGAGGCCGCGGGUCUCCAGGCUGCCGCCUCUGCGGGUGAGCAGGGGGCCUGCGCCGGGCUGCUCCCUCAGCGGGCCUGAGGGGCGCUCCCGGCGGGGCGGUUGGUGGCGGGGACAGCGUGACCUGAACGGUCCCCACCGGGAGGGCUCAGGGCCUCGGGAGCGGCCAGGAGCAGCGCUGGUGCUCCCCCAGCCUCGGCCUGUGCCGCGGGCCUGCUGAAGCCAUGGGAAGGAGCAGGAGGAGAGCGUGGGCCUUGUCUGCAUCGAACCCUGGGCACGAGUCCCCCCAUACCGCUGUUGUGGAAGUUCAGUAGGAAAAUGCAUCAGUCUGAAGGUUUCGUGGCAACGUGGAAUUCUGGAAGUGCGAAGCCAAGUCUCCCAGUGAAAUUGUCGUACGAUGACACAACAUAAAUGACAUCAGGUUCCUUCAGCCAGGCUGUUCUUGAGGAUAAUUACAGUUAUGAACAACAAACAUCUGCAAGCAACCAUGGAGAGCUAGCAGUUACACCAGCUCGUGCCAGACUACUCAGCUGCAGCAUGCUGCCAGGGAUUCGUACUGCCCACCAAGGGAAUGCUGCGGGAAUCCAACGUCCAUGUCUCGUACUUACCAGAAGCACUUAGAAUGACAAAAGCACAAAAAGAAAGACGUUGUUCAGAAGACAGGAAACCAAGGAAACAGGAGCUCGGCAGGCUUUACAACCAGCUUCAAUGUCAGCUCUGUGCGUCCCUUGCACAGGAGCAGGUGCAUGUGCGGCACAUAUCCGGGGAGCCAUCAGAAGGCUAAUAAAAACAGAGGGAACAUGCAACAAACUUGUGGAAGAGAAGGUGAUGAAACCAGAAGCAGAGCUACACCUAUCUCUGAAAAUAUACCUGGAGGGCUACUGGAUGCACAACCUGUUUUACAUGACCAUGUAGAAGACGUUAACAUCUUGCAAGAUAAAUUGCUGUAGACAAUGGGACUUUCUGUAAAAAAGGCUUCAAGCAGGGCAUCAAGCCUGUUAAAUCCUGGUGGUGGCAGGCAGCAUGUUCUUGAAGGUAUCAUGUCAGGAAAACUGUUGACAGAUGAACCUGGGCUGCAAGAUCCCUGUUAGAAGAAGUUGGAUACUUUGGAGACUGUAGGAGUAAGGUGAUGUCACAGCCCAUGCACAGAUCAAAAGAGGAUCAAGUGGUGCAUCUACUCCAACAAGCUUCCCUCAUCAGAAGGCAGAAAGUAAAACCAUUAGACACUGCCACAGGUGCUGCCAGAGAUGAAAGCCAAGUUACAAUACCAAAUGCUGAAGUCUGAUGUAGCGGUCCCUGUUCGGGGGGAAGCCAGAAAGGACCUGGAUGUUUGAUUUCAGAUGCUAAAAGGAGAGGUAAAAAGAAUCCCCUUCCCUGCCCCCAAGUUGCUCCGGAGGCAAGGCAGGAAAGAGUUGUCUGCUUUUGUGACAUACUGACAUUUGCAGAUUCCCUUCUUAAAGGCUUGAAAUACAGGGCAGAUUCCUCAGGCUGGGAAGGCACGUGUCUGGUGAGUCCAACCGCGUUGUCAGCGUGGACUGAAGGGAGCUGCGUCAGCAAAAGAGAGCCUAUGGGCUGUGGACCUGUGCUGAAAGUAGCUGUUUUUUCUGUACAAAAUGUGCUGCUGUUUAUAAUGCGUGUUGUCGCCCAUCUCUUCCAUCUUCCUGCUCCAACCUUCGCUUCCUUGGAUAACUCCAAUCCUUCGUCUUACCAGGAAUGGCACUGCUCAACAGUUUUUGUAGGACAUUGUGCUUGUGACCGUGAGCUUGACUCUCACUGACCCAGAGGAAGGAUGUCAGGAGGAAGACUUAAUAAGUGGUUAAAGCCUCAGCCUACCAUGUGAGAAAAGCAUUUCCCAUACGAUUGAACUUUGACCCAGCAAUUUUGGAAGUGCUACAAAAUCUUGAUGUUUUGGCUCAUCAUAGGCUGUUUCAGAGGGACCUGGCUGUGCCACCCUGACCUGGCUGUGCAGUGCAGACACCUACCCUACUGCACUAGAGGAGGGAGGAAGACAGUUUUGAGGAUCAAUGUAUUAAAGAUUGAGGCAGUGACUGGGUGAUAGGCAAAUGGUGUGAGACCAGCUCUGGCAGAAGCAAGCAGGAGCCUUUUUGCCACUGUACAGCAGGACAGGGAAAGCCCAUUUAUGCAACCUGAGUGAGUUGUUCCUUGUGCGUGAUGCCGAGUUCUCUGGGCCGUGGUCACAUCUGUAACAACGACAGGAUGUGGCAAAACCCGAAAGUAUGAAACAUCUGUGUCACAGCGAGUACUGUGCAGACCCCAGGAGAUCUGGUGCUGAGCCCAGAUGCGUGGUGCAAGCGCUGUUAUGAUGUACUCUUGUGUUUGUUCUCAAGCUUGAAGAGAGUUGGUAACUAAGGAUCCAUCCUUACAGAUUCAGAGGAUAAUGCAAGGAGUGCUCCUGGGGAAACAUGUCCCAAGAAUCCUAUGAACAGACUGGCUUGAAUGGCUUGGGGAAAUUGUUUGUUGAUAGAACAAUAUAAUCAGGAGCUCAAACUACUGGCUAGUUUGGAAUACUGUCUUUCUGCACUGCCUUUGCCCUUGAAUUGCCAGUAUUUUUUGAAGGCUUAAGCACCAUUUUAUUAAAAACAGAAAAGUACACAGAAAAAAAUCGAGACCCCUGGAUGAAGUAUGGUGUUUGCCUGAAAUGGCAUUUUUCUUCCUUUUCAACAUUUUGCUCAGAAUAUUGGAAAUGUUAAACAUUAGUGCAAAACUGGUUUCCAGCUUUCUGGCUGGGAUGAUGAGCUGCAGAGGCGAUUAUUCCCUCCCUGCUAGUUGCGGAUGCUGGAGGAUACAGAUAAGCCACUGCCAUUUGAUGGUGCUUCUCAUUUAAAAGUGUCUCUGCAAUUGCCUGUUCCAGCCUGCAAUGCAUCUGUGUUUUCAUCCUCUAUAGACCAGCAAGGUGCAGCCAUGAUCUUGGAUCAACCUUCCCAAAGUCUCACAGAAGACAGUGCUGAGAUGGGAUUAGACUUUGGGAUCCCUGGUCCCAGGGAUCGUUAAUUUUCUGUGAGUGCUACACAGUGCUCCAGGAUAUGGGAUCUGGUGAUCUCCCAGUUCAUGUCUGGCGAGGGUGUGUACUUGUGCCCUCAAAGGGUAAAAGUUGUUUUAAGUGUUGUCAAACAAUGAGUCACCUCUGAUUAAUGCUUGAUGUUUGACUGUGCAGGCGGCAGGCACUAGGACCUCUGGGACGCUGCAUCUACAGCCCUUACCAGAAGAGAAAUCAGGAAAUAACGCAGUAGCUCUUUCUGGGAGCAUGCCCUUGAAAAUAAAGCUUUGCUGCUCCAUAUGAAAGAGAAUUUACUCUCCAGGAAUUCAGGAAUCUAAGUCCAGGCAUAGCUGCGAGCUACCCCAAGACAUCAUUGCCCCCAGGGCCCUGCAUGGACAUUGCUGGGAGCAGGCAGCCCGUGCGCCAGCACUGCCACGUCCCCUGUCAGCGGGGCCCCUGCAGCUGGUGCCUCUUGCGGCCCUGAUGACUUGGAGCUGCUGAAACAGGAGGUGGCAGCAGCAGAGGACAGGGAGUCCCUGGUGUGCCGACAGCCGACCAUGUCUGGGAAACACUGGCCCUCGGGGACGCAGUGUGUCACCAAGCACGACCACACCAAGCCCAAGGCCCAGGAGCUGGCCUUCCGCAAGGGCGACGUGGUCACCAUCAUUGAGGCCGUGGAGGGCAAAGGCUGGUACCGUGCCAGACACAACGAGACGGGGCAGGAGGGGCUGCUGGCGGCCAGCGCGCUGCGGGAGCGUGGUGCCAUCCGUGUUGACCCCAAGCUCAGCCUCAUGCCCUGGUUCCAUGGGAAGAUCUCCGGGGUGGAGGCAGUGCAGCAGCUGCAGCCCCCCGAGGACGGGCUGUUCCUGGUGCGUGAGUCUGUCCGGCACCCCGGUGACUAUGUGCUGUGCGUGAGCUUUGGCAAGGAGGUGAUCCACUACCGCGUGGUACACGAGGAGAACACGCUCAGCAUCGACAGCCAGCAGUACUUCUCCAACCUCAUUGACAUGAUCGAGCACUACAUGAAGGAGCAGGGAGCCAUCUGCACCAAACUGGUGAAGCCCAAACCAAAAACUGGGAUGAAGUCGGCCGAGGAGGAGUUAGCCAAAGCCGGCUGGUUGCUGAACCUGCAGCACCUCACACUGGGAGAACGCAUCGGGCAAGGAGAGUUUGGAGAUGUCCUGCGGGGAGAGUAUAUGGGGCAGAAGGUGGCUGUGAAGAACAUCAAGUGUGACGUGACUGCCCAGGCCUUCCUCACCGAAACGGCUGCCAUGACGAAGGUCCGGCACAAAAACCUGGUGUGUUUGCUCGGCGUGAUCCUGCACAACGGCCUCUACAUCGUCAUGGAGUACAUGAGCAAGGGCAACCUGGUGAACUUCUUGCGCACACGGGGCCGGGCACUCGUCCCAACCCAUCAGCUCCUCCAGUUCGCUCUGGACGUGGCUCAGGGCAUGGACUACCUGGAGUCCAAGAAGCUGGUGCACAGGGACCUGGCUGCCCGCAACAUCCUCAUCUCUGAGGAGAACGUGGCCAAAGUGAGCGAUUUUGGCUUGGCCCGGGUCAAUCCCAAGGGCAAGGACGCCACUCUGCUGCCCGUGAAGUGGACGGCUCCGGAGGCCCUGAAACACAACGUGAGCAGUGAAAUUCUCUUCCAAGUCGGACGUGUGGAGCUACGGGAUCCUCCUGUGGGAAACCUUCUCCUUCGGACGAGCGCCCUACCCCAAGCUGAGCCUGAAGGAGGUGACAGAGCUGCUGGAGCAGGGGUACCGCAUGGACCCCCCCGAGGGCUGCCCGCCUGCCGUCUAUGCCCUAAUGAAGAGCUGCUGGGAGCUGGAGCCAGGCAAGCGGCCGUCCUUCAAGAAACUCAUGGAGAAGCUGCAGAAGGAACUGAAGCACCUGAUGAAGGAUAUUUAACCCCUGCCUGGCUCCCAGGACCCAUGGCAGAAGGACCCCGGGACCACCAGGGUUGGGGGUGGUGUGGCAAGGGGUGGCCGGUGGCACCGCUCUGUCCUGGUGGAGAUGGGGCAGCAGCUGGGGGGAGGCUUUCCUCCCCCAGGGCACCCAAAGAGGAGGUAACAGCCUCCCUCCAUCCUGGCAUGGGUCCUUCUUCCCACCACGCGGCCCAGAGAAGGGUUCCUGGGGGUCCACCUCCCCUGACCUGCUGGGGUGGUGUGGGGCCACACACCGCAGAUACCGUGCUCAGCUCCGGGUAGCAUGUGCCACACGUGGGGUCCCUUUGAGCUGCCCCUCCCGGUGACAGGGGACAGGAUGGGACAUCUCUGCUCGCUGGAGGAUGAAAGCCCAAAGCCCAGCCCCAGCGCAGCUCCGCUCCAGCCCCCCGGCCCCGCACGGGGACGCCGGCUGCAGCCAGCUCUAAAACCACACGGAUUUGAGCUUUUUGAUUAAACCAAAGAAAUUAGUUCAACAGCA